UCUGGAGUUAUUAGGUAGCUAUAUUGUAGGAGACCUAUAAAGUAAGCCUUGAUUCCAUGUAUGGUAUGACUGUAAUUGAGAAUUUUUAGGUGACUAGAGAGAGAUCUUCAAAUCUUAUCAUUUGUUUGUAUAGACUAUAGAGUAUAGAGAUAGAGAGGUUGGUGAUGAUGGAGGGUACAAGUUUGAGAAAAUUGGUAGUGAGCAUAGUAAUAGUGAUGAUGAUGGUGGAAUUAACGAAAGCUGAAUUGCAUUACGUUGGAGGUAAUAAGGCUGGUUGGACACCAAACACCAACUUCUCGGAGUGGACAAGUCACGAGAAAUUUCUAGUUGGGGACUGGCUUUUUUUUGGAUUCAACAAGGUACUGUAUACUGUAUUUGAGGUGAAUGAGACCAGCUAUGAGAAGUGCAUUGUGCAGGACUUCAUAAAGAACAUAACAAAGGGUGGACGUGAUGUAUUUGAGCUAACUGAGGCAAAGAAAUAUUACUUCAUUUGCAAAGACUACUGCUUUGGGGGAAUGAAAGUUGCCAUCAAUGUCCAAGAUAUCCCAGCUCCAGCACCUGCCCCAGAUAAAAAUGCUUCUCCAUCAAAUCACAGCAUUCAAGUUACCCCAGUUAUGGUGCUUGCCAUUGCUAUGAUUUGGGCUUUCCUCUUCAAGUAUUAUUAGCUGGUGAAAAUAGACCAGACGAAUUGGUUUGUAUGAUUACAAAAUCAAAAGGAUUUUCAGUAGGUAUUUUUGUUAUUAUUAAACCAUGGAGUUGUGGAUUGUAUUAAUUUCAGUCUAGGUGUUAUCAUUAUAAGCUUUUGAUCAAAUGAAAGGUUAUUGAUUGCCUAUGAUGUCCGGUUAUAUUACUCUUUUUAUAAGGGUGAAAAGAAUAGUCAACCAAACCAAUUUAGAAGAAAGUUUCUACAAUCCAUUAUGUGACUACU